UGCAGCUUUUUGUCGCUUUUUAACAAAGUACCCAUAGCAACCAAUACAGUCCAUUGCCAACUUCGUGGCCCAUGAUUAUAACCGAAAUGUUUUUUACUAUUUUUACCGGAUAUUUGCUGCCAGAAACAACUAAAUGUAACGCUGCGGUUUUGUUUCAAUUAGAGAAUAUUUUCCUCGCCGCCAUCAGGGCGUUUUAACGGCGAACGGAGAGAGUUUUCCUGCUUCCGGGAUGGAUGUGGGACAAAGUGCGAGCCGGGAGAUUUCCGGCGUCAGCCAGAGCGCGUCGUCCUGGACUGCAAGCGUCCAGGAGUCCAUUCCCAGAAGUCUGGACCUGAUGAAGAUUCUUUAUCUUCUUCGGGAUCCUCUGACGACGAACCUGACAGGGAGGCACUUGUUUGUCCUGAGGAAGCUGCUGAAGAGGAACAAGUCUGGCUUUCUUUUAAGGGAACUUGCAGAUAUAGCCAAGAUAAUUGACAUCUGUGCUGUGAAAGUGAUCGAGGAACCUAAAUAUGCACCGUUUCUGUGUGAAGCUCUUCUAAUCAGCAGGAUUCCCUUCCUGAAGGAGAAAGCGUCCGAUGACCUGAUCUACCCUCAGGACGCCAUAAACUUCCUCUCCUGCCUGGGUCGUCUGUUGAAGAUCCCAAAUCCUGAGAUCCAGGAACACGUCGUGGAAACAGUCCAGUCGUUUUUCAGCUCCGAGGCGUCCAAGGAUCUGCCUGGAGGCGGCUGCACCAUCUCUCCGCUCUACCGGCUGCAGCUGGUGGAGCGCAGCGACCUUCCCAAGUUGCUGGUUGAGUCUCUUGCCGCGCUGCAGAACCAGCCGUUCUUCAAGCUGCAGCUGCUGGAAACCCUGCAGCUCCUCUGCAGCUUCUCUGACCUGAACUGCAGGUCGAUGGUGGACGCCGGAGCAGCGGCGACCGUGUGUCUGCACAUGAACGGGCCCGGCCCGCCGGCCCGGGUCCUGGCCUGCUCCACCGAGAUCCUCUGGAUGCUGCUGGAGAGCAGCGGCCGGGACGACGCCGUGGCUCAGCUCUGCAGCCUGGACUGCGUGGUGUCUCUGAAGGAAGCGUUUUCAUCCGUCCUGGCGCUCACAUCCCAGGGCUUUGACCUCCAGCUCAGGAACUGCCUGCUGGUGUUCACGACUCUCAUCGCAGAAAAUCCAAACUGUCCGCUCAUCGAGAGCUUGUUUGCCAAACAGCUGCUGGGAUACAUCACACUUCCAGAAGUGGAGGUCUCUUCAACGCAGAAACUCACCCACAGCAAAGAAGACCUGAAGAUGAAGAAGCUGCUGCUGAAUCUGCUGAUUUUGUUGUCCAGACACGUUGCUGCUACGCAGCUUUUCAGAGAGGAGCUGGUCAUGGUGAGCCUGCUGCGGUUCGUGGAUCCACCUCAGAAGGAGCCGGUUUUGCCUCAGAGCGCCAUCCUCAGCGAGCAGGAGGAACUGCAGCUGCAGGCGCUGGAGACGCUGGCCAGCAUUGCGCCGGUCAUGCUGCAAGACUACAUGGACUGCCAGGGGAACACGCACCUGCUGCUGCUGCUCGACUGGUGCUGCGAUGACAGAAACAGGCGGAAGCUGCAGAUGCAGCGCUGCAUCAGAGUCCUGCGCGCCGUCACGUCUCUGGGGGAAAAGUCCGUCAACCAGGACCUCAGCGACCAGGGAGCCAUCCACCAGCUUCUGGGGAUUAUAGUCCAGCUGGAAGCCGUUUGUGAUGAGGGCGAUGUGGUGACCAUAGAGAUGAUGUCCAACAUCCAGCUGAUCCUGUCAGUGCUGUGUGAGACCGACCUGCACAGAAAGGAGCUGUUUGGGGCAGAGGGAGUGGAAAUGGUCGUACAUUUCCUGAAGAAAGGUUCGGAGAACUUCUACAGCGGUUUGGGACACAACAAGCUGCUGAUCUGCACCAUCGACUGCGUGUGGUCGUGCAUCGUCGGCUGCUCCUUCACAGAAGACCAGUUUCUGCAGAAGAACGGCGCCGGCCUGCUGCUGGACUUGCUCCGCUCCAGCCCCAAGUGUGUUCACGGCAUCAUCCUCUCCAUCCUGCUGGACCUGUGCAACAACCCCAACACCCGGCCGCAGGUCCUGGCCUGGAGGGACGCCGAGGGCCAGACGGCCCCCGGAGUCCUGCUGCAGCUCUGGAGGGAGGAGGAGGAGGAGCUGGGCGUUCUGCGGGACAAAAACGGAGGAAUUGCAGAUCCGGAGAAGCCGCUUCUGACCCGUUUCCAGAACGAGAGCAGCACCCUGUCGUUUCCAGCCGACAUGCCGUCCGCCGCCGUGCUGGAGACAAUGGAGAACCUGCGAGGGAAGAUUUACCUCCUGAUGUCCAGCCUGGGUUUCCAGGAUCUUCCUGGCCUGUCGGUGGGAGAUCAUGUGACUCUGGGCAUCGUCACCAGAUACCUGGACUUCAAGGUCUGCGAGGUUUGGAACGAGAUCAGGGGCGAACUGAGUCUGGACGGCGUGAAGCCGGUCACCUCUGACCAAAAAGCGCUGCAGUCCAUCUCUAAGUCGUCGACGGCAGCGGCGCAGAGCAUCAUGGAGGAGCAGAGCCGCAUCGUGGAGGAGCAGCGGCAGAAGGAGAUCCAGGAGGAAAUCCGCAUCUACGCAAAGAUGAAAACCCACCGGACACAGGAUGUACUCGCUGCCAAAUACUGGAAGAACUACGUCGCCAGAACUUCAAAUUACGACAUCCUGAAGGAGGAAAAAGCUCAGAGGGAAAAACACCUGAAAUCCAAAGCGAAGCCUAAAGUCACUACCGCUGAACGACCUCCGAAGCAAUUCAUCACCCACAUCCUGGCAGUGAAGACCAGCGAUGAGCCGGGUCCUGCAGGGGUCGACGUGUCGCUCGCCAGAACUGUAAUCUGAGCCGAACGGACUGAAAAAGAGCCCAGAACCGACGGUACCAAACCUCCUGGUUCGACGUCAGGCUUUUACUCCUGCAGGUCUAAAUGCUCCUGCAGUUUUCUGAGCAUCGAAACCAAGAGAAUAACAUUUUCUGCAAUAAACAGCUUGCAUUUUCUGCGUGGCUGCUUCUGUAAGACAAUGAGCAGAAAGUGCAGACGUGACAUCA